AUGGAGUAUAAGCCCAUUUUAGACAUUUUUGAUAGGCGUUGGACUAAUAUGAUGCAACAUCCGUUGUACCUUGCUGGUUCCUUUCUUAAUCCAUCCCUUUAUUAUAAGGCUAAAGCACAAGAUGAAGCAUCGUUUGGAAAGUUUGAAAUGGGCUUUCUAGAUUGCAUUGAGAGAAUGGUCAGUGAUAUUGAAAUUCAAGACAAGAUCUCUCAUCAGUUGGAAGAGUAUAAGCACGUUCGUGGUGCUUUCUCUAAAGAAUUGGCAAUUAAGCAACCUGAUUGGUGGCAUAGCUAUAGACAUUUCACCCCAAACCUUAGGCGUAUUACAUUACGCAUAUUAGGUCUUACAUGCACUUCUUCUGCUUGUGAGAACAAUUGGAGCACUUCUGAGCAUAUUCAUACAAAAAAGAAGAAUAGGCUUGAUCAAAAGAGGCUCAAUGAUCUUGUAUUUGUUCAAUACUACCAACGCCUCCGAGAAAGAUUUACAACAAGGCAUGCAAAUCCAAAGCAAUUUGACCCUAUUUGCUUUGAUGAUUUAGAUGAAACUAGUGAGUGGUUGACUGGGAAAAACCUCUCAAAUGACUUGGUCCAUGAAGGGUGUGAUCUUACAUGGACUCAAGUUGAUGAAGCAUUAGGGGCAUCUGAAAUCCUUGAAGGGUCAAAUAGGCCAAGGAGAAGUGGACAUGGGCGUGAAAAUGCAAGUAGAAGUCUAAAUAGAGGCAGAGGUAGAGGUAGAGGUGGUCAUGGGAGAGAAGAUGAUGAUGAUGGUGACGAUGAUGAGGAUAAAGAUGUUGAUUAUAGUGCUAAUGAUGUUGGUGCAUUCAAUGGAGUGUGGACUUGUGGGGAACUGGAGAUGAAUGAUGAUUUAUAG